CCGGUCUGCACUGCGCACAACUGGCUCGACCAUAUAACUCUCUUUUGCUCUCUCUCAAACCCCCGUACAUAUCACGACUUGUACAAGAUGCAGGCUAUCAGGCUGCAAAAGAAGUAUCCCCAUGUCACGCAGGAGGAGAUGUUCGACCUCAUCAAUCGCUUCAAUGCGAUUGACACGGACACCCCAGGACGUGUAGAUCAAUCGACUGUUCUGAACACUGUUCAGGCUAGUGGUGAAGCGUCGUACGAUGAUGCGAGAGAAACGUUGAAGACGGUCUCUGUCGAUGCCAGUGGCAAGGUCGAGUUGGAGGAUUGGGUUGAGCUUAUGACCAAGCUCCGUAGUCAUAAAGGAGAUCAUCUACUCGCCACCAACAAAGGGAAGGUUACUGUCCGAGGAUCCAAUGCCAAUGUCAGUCACACAAUCAACGAAGAUGAGCGGAGUGAGUUCACCAACCACAUAAACGGCGUUCUUUCUGGCGAUUCGGAUGUCGGGGAUCGCCUCCCAAUACCGACACAUACUAUGCAGCUGUUCGAUGAGUGUCGGGAUGGUCUCAUUCUCUGCAAGCUGAUCAACGACUCUGUGCCUGACACAAUCGAUGAACGUGUGCUGAACAAGCCAACUCCUUCCAAGACCGGUGGAAAGCCUCGUCCUCUCAACGCUUUCCAGAUCACUGAGAACAACAACAUUGUCAUCACGUCCGCGAAGGGUAUCGGCUGUAGCGUCGUGAAUAUUGGGCCUACCGACCUUGCGGAAGGACGCGAGCAUCUCAUUCUGGGCUUGAUCUGGCAGAUCAUCAGAAAGGGAUUGCUGAGCCGUGUCGAUAUCAAAAUCCACCCUGAGCUCUACCGGCUCCUGGAGGAGGACGAAACAUUGGAACAAUUCUUGCGCCUGCCCCCCGAUCAAAUUCUACUCCGCUGGUUCAACUAUCAUCUGAAAAAUGCAGGCUGGCACAGACGAGUGGGGAACUUCAGCAAGGAUGUCAGCGAUGGCGAGAACUACACCGUGCUGCUUAACCAACUUAAGCCGGAGGAGUGCUCCCGAGCACCGUUGCAGGAACGCGACCUGCCCACGCGUGCUGAGAUGGUUCUCCAGAACGCUGAUCGGAUUGGUUGCCGCAAGUACCUCACCCCGGGCUCUAUGAUCUCCGGUAAUCCUCGUCUCAACCUUGCUUUCGUUGCCAACCUCUUCAAUAAUUGGCCGGGCCUCGCACCACUCGAGGAAGCAGAAGCGCCACCGCCUAUCGCAGACUUUGACGCAGAAGGAGAGCGGGAAGCGCGUGUCUUCACUCUCUGGCUGAAUAGCUUGGAUGUGGAUCCUGGUGUCAACGACCUGUUUGAAGACUUGAAGGAUGGCCUCGUCAUUCUGCAAGCCUUCGACAAGAUCAUUCCAGGUUCUGUCGCAUGGAGGCGUGUGUCCCGCAAGCUGCCGCUUUCCCGCUUCAAGAUGGUCGAGAACACCAACUACGGCGUUGAUCUUGCCAAGGCGAACAAGAUGCACAUUGUCGGUAUCCAGGGCUCAGACAUCGUCGAUGGUACCCGGACUCUCGUUCUCGGUCUCGUCUGGCAGCUCAUGAGAUUGAACAUCAACCAAACGCUUGCCUCGCUGAGCAAGGAUGGGAAAGGCGUCUCUGAUAUGGAGAUGGUCCGCUGGGCAAACGACAAGGUCAAGGCGGCGGGCAAGAAAUCGACAAUGCGGAGUUUCAAGGAUCCGAGCCUGAGCAGUGCGGUCUUCUUCCUCGACCUCCUUGACGCUAUCAAACCAGGCUAUGUUGACUACAACCUCGUCUACGCGACUCCCAAGGAUUAUGAGGAAUGCCGGCAGAAUGCCAAGCUUGCUAUUUCUAUUGCGCGCAAGCUGAACUGCCUCAUCUUCCUUGUCCCUGAGGAUAUCGUUGAUGUCCGCGGGCGCCUGAUCCUGACGUUUGUUGGUUCUUUAAUGGCGCAUCACUAAGACUGUUUUCUCGGACGGCCUUGUCUCUUUCCGGAUGCGGAUCUACUGUACGAAUAGCAAACAUGGAACGAUGAAAGAGGAAUAAUGAAUAAGCUCUGAGAAUC